CCAAGCUGGUCAGGGGGUGAAGCUGAUAUUAACGCGCGUUUUCCUCAUUCCGUCCUCGUAUCUCUUGCCCCCUCACUCGCCUCUGUCACGAUAGAGCAAAACCAGAAACAUCGACUAAUAUUGUAGAAACGUUCUUCCAAUGGCAGAAGAACAGACGUACUUGCGAGUGCGACGAAGACGUAACGCUGGCACGGCCUUGACGAUGAUUCGGCUAGAAGGCAUUGAAGAUAGCCGAAAACGAGAUCGAACUGACGAUGAAGCUAUUCAGGAUCUGACCGCAUCGUUAUCAUUGCAACACGACGAAGCGCAGCCCCGAAAAUUGCGCAAACGAUCUACCGUGUGGCGUCGUUUAGACUCGACUUCAACUGAAUCAGAGGAGAUCGACACAAAGGCCAAGCGCCGUUCGUUUCGAGUUAUUGACGCUAUUCUGUCCGAUGAUGAAUUCACUGAUCUCCCUCUUGCUGCCGAAUUACAACGUCACAAGCGACGACGACUGAAGCUUGUAGAAACAACCGAGGACGCCCCAAGUCUACUAAAAGCGCAAACUUCCGCUCCGUCCGUCGCCAAAUCACUGGGGUACCGAGUUUUGGACCCGCUAAGUCGACUUGUUGAUGACUCUCUGCAAUCCGUUCAUCGAGGGGAAACAACGAUUCAGCAACACAUGAAUUUGAUCUUGACCGACUCUAGAUUAAUGGAUCAGUCUUGGCUAGAAUGGUGUAACGAUAAAUAUGGAAAUCUUUUGCAUUCCUGCGCUGUGUGGAAUGAGGUGCAACAUGCGACCGAUCUCUUAUCCCGUAAUCUGGAUAACAUGGCCGACACUUUGGAUGCUGAAGGGCGCACACCCUAUCAAGUCGCACAGCUUUCGGGCAAUACGCAAAUGUGCGCUGUAUUGGAAGCCUUUGGGGCAGAUCAUGGCAACUACGUGUACGAUAUUUAUUGUAUGGAUGAUGAGCCGUCACUUAAUACUGAUGCAGAAGCCCCGGAUGCCCUAAUAGAAGAGCCAAUUGCUUGCUCAUUGUUUGGUGGGGUAGGCUAUUGGAACGAAAAGGGUAAGCUAGUUCUAGAAAUUCCAGCCGGAAUCAAAGGAAGUGCUACUGCACAAUCCAAUCAAGACGAAGAAGACUCCAAUGAUGAAUAUUGGAUGGGUAAUGAUUAUCCUGAUGAGGAUGCGUGGGGUGAAAGUGAUAGUGAUUCCAAUGAUCCUUGUUUGCCGGAUGUUACAUAUCGAAGGCGUAUUGUUUGUUUUGGUGAAGACCAAAAUAGCUCCCAGUCAGCACACGCGGGAUCCGACAACGGAGAAGAUGGCUUCGACGCAGCGUACGGAAUUGCUCUUCAGAAUGACAUUGACUACGAAUACGGGUGA